UUUACGGUAAAUGCAAAUGUAAACGGUGCUGAUGAGGGCGAGCGGAUGCUGGUGUAUGUGAGUGUGUGAUGCCGUCGUGUUUGUCCUCGUCGCCGUCGUUUCAUCCCAAAAAACAACGCAAAUACUCGCCGGACAGUCUUUGUGCUUAAGACUCUAUUGUCUGAUCCAUUUUAUUUUUUUUUAAAAAAAACGUGAAUCAUCGCGAUGCACAGCUGGUAAACAAAGUGUUUUCCCCCACCUCCUCUCCUCCCUUUGGGCUUGUUUUUGAAAGCAUCAUCGUCGAAAUGGGGCUUGGCUUUUACGCAUAUUGACCUCUCGGCUUCAAGACUUGACAUGGACACAAUUUGGCUUUACCAGUUCCGUCUGAUCGUGAUCGGCGACUCCACGGUGGGCAAGUCGUGUUUGAUCCGCAGGUUCACAGAGGGCCACUUUGCCCAUGUGUCGGACCCAACUGUGGGUGUGGACUUCUUCUCGCGCCUGCUAGAGAUUGAGCCAGGCAAGAGGGUCAAGCUCCAAAUUUGGGACACUGCGGGCCAGGAGAGGUUCAGGUCCAUCACCAGAGCAUACUACCGCAACUCAGUGGGCGGGCUCCUGCUCUUCGACAUCACCAACCGCCGCUCAUUCCAGAACGUGCACAGCUGGCUGGAGGAAGCGCAGAGUCACGUCCAGCCGCAUAGCAUUGUCUUCCUUCUGGUGGGUCACAAGUGCGACCUCGAGCCCCAGCGUCAGGUGAGCCGGCAAGAGGCCGAGAAGCUGGCGGCGGCCUUCGGGAUGAACUACGUGGAGACGUCGGCACGUGACGCCAUCAACGUGGAGACGGCAUUCAUGGAUCUGACGAGGCAGAUCUUCGAGCUAGUGCGUGGCGGCGAUAUCAAGAUCCAAGACGGCUGGGAGGGCGUCAAGAGCGGACUGGUCCCCAACACGGUACACUCCUCAGAGGAGGUCACCAAGGCAGGUCGCCAGUGUCUCUGCUGAGCUCAUUUCUUUUGGACUCCAUCUUUGGGAGAUGGGCCUUCCCUUUGUCUGUGACUACAUGGCGGGGCCCCACUCUUUCUGAAAUGAUUUCCAUGUUGCAGUAGCACGCUUUAACUUGUCAUGUGUCGACUACUUGCUCGGUGCAAAACACACUUUGUUCUCUCAAUGAAAAGCACAAGAAGCCCCCCUCGUGUUGUUCACCAUGUUUGACAUGCACAUUUACACUUAGGCAGUUAGUGAUGACUACUGACACAACCAAUAGAAAUUAGACAGACUCUUCACCCCAAAGUGGAGACACAAAUACACAAAACGACAUCAUGUAUAUACCACUUUCGAUCACUGCCCAUCGCAACAAUAAAUAUUAGAGCCCAAAUGAUAUGAAUGCCAUUUCUGUUAUUUGGCAGAAUGAAAUUCAGAUAACUGAUCAAUCAGACAAUUUAAAACCUAAUGAAUAGAGAAUUGUUGGGGGGAUUGCUUAAUGCGUACAAUAAAUGGAUGAUUUAAAGGCUAAACAUUUGACUGUUUUACAAUACUUCAUCUUGUAAUAUUUAACAUUACAGCAGAGAGAAAUAGCCAAUUCUUUGUAGAUAGAGGGAAAAGAAAAAUUGAUUUGGUUUUUAUUUGUCACGAUUUGAACUUCAUAUUGUGCUGUUGAGGAUCUUGUCAAGUCAUUAUUUUUCAUGUUGCCCAAUACUCCCAAAUGCUCCUUAAUACAUCUUUUUGGCUUUGUAUGGGUGGUCAUAAAUGCAUCCACUUUCACUCAGUGGUUUUCAAUCUAAUUGCUGAGGUGAGUCUAUUUUGAGUGCCUUUUAGAGGAACGAAGCUUGUGUCCAUCUGUGUUUUAUUAUUCAUGUACAGUGGGUAUAGAAAGUCUACACACCCCUUAAAAGCGCAUUAGAAGAGCUGAACUUUAUCUUGGGUCUCUCAGACAUAUGUUAAAUAGUGGGCACCUGUGUGCUGGAUUUGGUUUGAUUGUGACUAAUUAAUUCCAAACGCAGCCACAUUCCCACUUACAAGAGGGUAUGGACAUUUCUAAAACCACGUCAUUAUUUAUUUUUGACUUCCCCUCUUGAAUAAAAUGGAGUCAUAAAGGUUAUAGGUCAUAUUAUUGGCAGAGAACUUUUUUUCUGUAUAUUUGAGCAGGCGUGAGUAGACUUAUUAUAUCCACGAUAAGUAACAAAUGUGUAACAUGAUUCAUUUGAACGGUGGCUUCGUGCACGUCAUCUAUAAUAAAUAAGUGGAACUAU